AUGUCCCCCGUGAUCGAAAGACACGCUCUCCUGGGGGGCAGGCAGGCCUCACCUGGGAGCAGGCCUCACCUGGGAGCAGGCCUCACCUGGGAGCAGGCCUCACCUGGGAGCAGGCCUCACCUGGGAGCAGGCCUCACCUGGGAGCAGGCCUCACCUGGGAGCGGGCCUCACCUGGGAGCAGGCCUCACCUGGGAGCAGGCCUCACCUGGGAGCGGGCCUCACCUGGGAGCAGGCCUCACCUGGGAGCAGGCCUCACCUGGGAGCAGGCCUCACCUGGGAGCAGGCCUCACCUGGGAGCAGGCCUCACCUGGGAGCAGGCCUCACCUGGGAGCAGGCCUCACCUGGGAGCAGGCCUCACCUGGGAGCAGGACUCACCUGGGAGCAGGCCUCACCUGGGAGCAGGCCUCACCUGGGAGCAGGCCUCACCUGGGAACAGGCCUCACCUGGGAGCAGGCCUCACCUGGGAGCAGGCCUCACCUGGGAGCGGGCCUCACCUGGGAGCGGGUCUCACCUGGGAGCGGGCCUCACCUGGGAGCAGGCCUCACCUGGGAGCGGGCCUCACCUGGGAGCAGGCCUCACCUGGGAGCAGGCCUCACCUGGGAGCAGGCCUCACCUGGGAGCGGGCCUCACCUGGGAGCGGGCCUCACCUGGGAGCGGGCCUCACCUGGGAGCGGGCCUCACCUGGGAGCGGGCCUCACCUGGGAGCGGGCCUCACCUGGGAGCAGGCCUCACCUGGGAGCAGGCCUCACCUGGGAGCUGGCCUCACCUGGGAGCAGGCCUCACCUGGGAGCGGGCCUCACCUGGGAGCGGGCCUCACCUGGGAGCAGGCCUCACCUGGGAGCAGGCCUCACCUGGGAGCAGGCCUCACCUGGGAGCAGGCCUCACCUGGGAGCAGGCCUCACCUGGGAGCGGGCCUCACCUGGGAUGAACCACACCUGGGAUGGACCACACCUGGGAUGGACCACACCUGGGAUGGACCACACCUGGGAUGGACCACACCUGGGGGGGCUCGUAGCCGCCGCUAUAGUGGAAGAUGAACCUCCUCACCUGGGGGGGCUCGUAACCGCCGGCAUAGUGGAAGUAGGAGCCGACGAUGAGAAUGUGGUCGAUGUCCCCCGUGGACGAGAAGAAUGCACACACCGGGUGGGCCUCACCUGA